GGCGUGGCCAUGGAAUAACGGGCCGCCUCUCCACCCAAGAACAACAGAUAAAUACAAGAGACCCAAUCGAAGUCGUAAUCUGCAGCUGGAUGUCCCGCAGCCCCAGAUAUAAUUUGCUCUCCUGAAGUCCUGUCUUAGCAAGAAGGAAGUGGAAAAGACUCUUGGGGAAAAAAAACGAAGACAGUAAGAAAACCAGAGCUAAUUUUUACAUGGUUGUCAGCUCAGUUAACAAUAUGGACACUUUUCCUACUGACUUUCCUCCUGGAGGAGACAGUGGGCCAGCAGACUCGCAAUCUGAAUUUCAAAAAAUGUUAAUUGAUGAAAGGUUACGAUGCGAACAUCACAAAACCAAUUAUCAGACUCUGAAAAAUGAACACACAAGGUUGCAGAAUGAAUACAUGCAGUCACAGAAUGAACUCAAGCGCCUGCUAAAUGAAAAACAAACUCACCAGGAAAAAUUUCAGCUACUGCUUGAAGAACUAAAAGGGGAGUUGGUAGCGAAAACUAAAGACCUAGAAGAAACAAAGCUGAAGGUAUUAUCUCCACAAAGUAUGGAAUUGUUAAGAGCCCGAAUACAGAAGGAAAUAGAGACUCCAAUGAGAGAGCGUUUUAAGAAUCUGGAUGAUGAAGUGGAAAAGUAUAGAUCUGAAUAUAAUAAGCUUCGCUAUGAAUAUACAUUUCUUAAAUCAGAAUUUGAACACCAGAAAGAUGAAUUUGCUCGUAUGUUAGAAGAAGAAAAAAUAAAGUAUGCAUCAGAGAUUGCAGCACUGGAGAAAGACAAAGAAGAACUACGUCACCAACUGCUUAGUGUUGAUCCCACGAGAGACAGCAAACGGAUAGAGCAACUGGUUCGAGAAAAAGUUCAUUUGUGUCAGAAAUUAAAAGGCUUAGAGGCUGAAGUAGCAGAACUCAGGGCCGAGAAAGAGAAUUCUGGUGCUCAAGUAGAAAGUGUCCAGAGAGUCCAGGUGCGGCAGUUGGCUGAGAUGCAGGCUACCGUCAGAUCCCUGGAGGCUGAAAAACAGUCAACUAAACUACAAGCUGAACGCUUGGAAAAAGAGCUCCGAUCAAGCAAUGAACAAAACACGGCUCUGAUCACUAAAGUGCAUAAAGCUGAACGGGAAAUAAAUGCCUUGACCAGUCAAGUAAAAGAACUUAAGCAUUCAAACAAACUAGAAAUAACAGACAUCAAACUGGAGGCAGCAAGAGCUAAGAGCGAGCUAGAAAGAGAAAGGAAUAAGAUCCAAAGUGAACUGGAUGGAUUACAGUCAGACAAUGAAAUUCUUAAGACAGCUGUUGAACACCACAAAAUGCUCUUAGUAGAAAAAGAUCGUGAAUUAAUACGUAAAGUACAAGUCGCCAAGGAGGAAGGUUAUCAAAAACUUGUGGUAUUACAAGAUGAAAAGCUAGAGCUUGAGAACCGAUUAGCGGAUUUAGAGAAAAUGAAAGUGGAAAAUGAUGUCUGGCUGCAGUCCGAAAAGGAUCAGUGCGAAGAGAAGUUGCGGGCUUCACAGAUGGCAGAAGAGUCAGCCAGAAGAGAGCUUCAAAGUAUUAGAUUAAAACUUCAACAGCAAAUUGUGAAUAUUGAAAAUGUAGAGAAAGAAAAAAUGGAAAAUUCUGACCUGAAACAGCAAAUCAGUAGUUUGCAGAUCCAAGUGACCUCCCUUGCACAAUCAGAGAAUGAACUGCUGAAUUCAAACCAGAUGCUAAAGGAAAUGGUGGAGAGGUUAAAACAGGAAUGCCGAAAUUUAAGAAGCCAAGCUGAAAAGGCACAACUAGAAGUUGAAAAGACACUGGAAGAGAAACAGAUACAGUGGUUGGAGGAAAAGCAUAAGCUUCAUGAACGCAUCACAGACAGAGAAGAAAAGUAUAGCCAAGCCAAGGAGAAAUUGCAGCGAGCUGCGGUUGCUCAGAAAAAGAGAAAAUCACUACAUGAAAACAAAUUGAAAAGGCUGCAGGAGAAAGUAGAAGUCUUGGAGGCGAAGAGAGAAGAACUAGAGACAGAAAAUCAGGUGUUAAAUAGACAAAACGUCCCAUUUGAAGAAUACACGAGGCUUCAAAAAAGACUGAAGGACAUACAGAGAAGACAUAACGAUUUCCGAAGUUUGAUUCUGGUUCCUAACAUGCCACCAACAGUAGCCAUCAACCCGGUCAGCUUCCAGCCCUCAACCUUAGUACCAGGCGCGGAGCUGUCGUUCCCUCCUCACAUGCAGGAGGAACAACAUCAAAGGGAGCUCUCCCUGCUCCGUAAAAGACUAGAAGAACUAGAAACGACACAAAGACGACAACUCGAGGAACUCGGAUCUCCUGGGGAAUGAUGUCCUUGGAGAAAUGGCCGGAAAGGGGGUGCAAUCAGUGACUCAGUAAAGCCUGAAGCUUCCACACUUUAUUACUGUUUGCCAAAGUUCUCAGUGUACCUCAAGCAAGGUCGUAACCGCAAACUGUGACUGACGGGCGGAUCUUAGGAGAAACGUUUCAGCAGUCUCAGAGAUACUUAGAAUGCUUAUUGUGACCCUUUGGGAGAGUAAAAAGAACUAAGUAGGGAAUCAGGUUUUAAAAUCAUUCUAUACUUGGUAGAAUUGUGGACACAUUUCUUCUGAAACAUGUCCUUACUGGAUUCCCUCUGCUCUGAGAUGCUUGACAGCUAGCAGGGCCAGUCAUGAUUUUCUUACUGUAUACAAGAGUUAUAAACUUCUAGUACUUGAAAACAGAUGACAAUCUAAAAAGUAGCAUAAAAAAGUUAAUCUAACUAUAUCUACAUUAUUGAAUGCUACAUUUUCUAAAAGCAGUGUGUACAUAAUUUAUAAAGGGCUUAAUAAAUAUUUUUAUAUCUAA